AUGGCCGGUCGUGGUAGAGGUAGGGGACGGGGAUUGGUGCUUAAUUCUGAGAUUUUAAACCAUAUUUCUGGAGGAGCAGGUGAAACAGCUGCGAACAAGAAGGACUUUCGAGGCAGGAACAAUUCUGUAUCUGAUAUAGAAGAAGUUGUAGCCAAUUUAUCAUUAGAUAUUGAUGAAAAACAGCUCAAAGAUCUCACUAGAAUAUCAGAAGAGAUAUGUAAGAGUGGUGAAGAUAUCGCUCGUUUAGCUAAAAUUAUUUAUGAGAAAUGUUUGAAAGAUAGAGAGCUGGCAGAAUCUGGAUCAUUUGUUGCUCAAAAAAUGUCCAAUUUAGAAGCUGAUGGCGUUAAAUUUAGAUCCAGUUUAUUGGGUCUUGUCCAAGCUGAUUUUAAAGUGAAAAAUGAGAUAAGGGCUGAAUCUACUAGUCGAUUUCUAGGAUUUUUUACAUUUUUAUGUCAGAUAUUCUGCAAUGUGAGAUUGGGUAAUAGGGAACCAAUAAAGCCUUUAAUAGGACCAAUAUUAGAGACUUGUGAGUUAGUUCUAGAUACAGAAAAUGAGAAAUGUGAUGAUGAUGAAUUUGAGUGCAUUUCGUUACAGUUGCAAUCAGUUGGUAAAUUAAUAGAAUCCAUUGAACCAGAUAAAAUGACAGAUUUUCUUGAUCUAGUCAGAAGGAAAAUUGUCAUGGAAAAAACUCCACCAAGAGUCAGGUGUACCUUAUUGGAACUUAUAGAAUGUUAUGGUAGAAAGUGGGAGCCUGCUUCAAAUGAAGUUACACGAUGUUACUGUGAUAUUAUGGUCGAGACAUUGGCUGGAUUAGUGGUGUGA